AUGAUGGAGAAGGAUGAGGUGAGCAAGACCGAAGAGAUGGAAGAGACGGAAGAGACGGAAGAGACGAUAGAGAAGGAAGAAACGGAAGAGAUGGAAGGGAGGGAAGAGACAAUAGAGACGGAAGAGAUGGAAGAAACGGAAGAGAUGGAAGAGAUGGAAGAGACAAAAGAGAUGGAAGAGACGGAAGAGAAGGGACAGAAGCGAUGGAGGAGAUGGAAGAGACAGAAGAGACGGAAGAGAUGGAAGAGACGAAAGCAAUGGAAAAGACGGAAGAGGCAGAAAAUACGGAAGAGACAGAAGAGACAGAAGAAACGGAAGAGACGGAAGACACAGAAAAGACUGAAGAGAUGGAAGAGAAGGAAAAGACAGAAGAGAAGGAAAAGACGGAAGAGACGGAAGAGACAGAAUGGACAAAAAAGACGAUGCAGUAAGAAGGGAUCAAGAGGAGGACAAAAUAAAGUAGUGAAGGGAGGAAAGGACAGCGAAAGUGUCGGGAGGUGGAACAAGGUAAGAAGGAGGGAGUAUGAAGGGGCGAGGGAAAGUGAAGAAAGGAGAAAAUGGCGUGGGAAUUGGGGAAGGAAGGUGGUUCAGGUCAUUGAGGAGUUUGUCAUGGGAUACCAUGUCGAAGGCUUUAGAUAG